AUGACCUGGAAUGUCACGCCGAGCUGGCUCAGAGCAGCGAGAAUUUCAGAGACGUUUGUCAGAAAGAGUACGCCGGGUCAGAAGAGCAUGCUGAGAGCAAGUGUCCAUAAAGACAGCAUACAGGAAGUCCUGCCGUACUUUCUCGAAGCGCCGCUCUGUCGGCCUUACUUGGCGAUAUCCAAGGAGGUCUAUGCCCUGGCAUCCUCGUCAGACCAGCUCGCACCACUCGUGAAGGAGUCUCUGGAGGUCAUCGACGAUGCCUUGGAUACAUUCGGGCAGGAGCAUCUUUCGUUGAGCUUCAAUGGCGGCAAGGACUGUACAGUCUUGCUACACCUCUUGGCUGCUGCGGUCGGUGGCAGAAAUCCAAACCCCAAACCGUGUUCAGCGGUUUAUAUACCCAUCUCAUCACCAUUUACGCAGCUGGAGUCCUUUGUAGACGAGUCGGCGAAGAAAUAUAACCUCGAUCUCUUCCAUUGCCCGCUCCCACCUUCCAGCGAUUCUCACCUUCCAGCGGAGGCUGUGAUCGCGGCAGCAACCCCCACAUCAUCCACGUCGGAUACCAGUGGGACAAGCUAUGCCUUUGCGGGUGAAGGUGCGAGAUCAAGACAGAAAACGAAGGGUGGAGAAGGCAUGAAGAGAGCCUUGGAGAUCUACAAGGAACGAUUCCCCCAUGUCGAAGGAAUACUCAUAGGGACUCGUAAGUCUGAUCCGCACGGAGCGACGCUGACGUUCCGAAAUUCGACGGAUCGAGGAUGGCCAAAGUUCGAGCGCGUAAACCCCAUCAUUAACUGGUCAUACACAGACGUAUGGACGUAUCUGCGGAAGCUGAAUAUCCCGUAUUGCAGCCUGUACGACGAAGGUUAUACUUCUCUCGGGUCCUCCUAUAACACUUUCCGCAAUCCCGCACUUCUCGUACAAUCGCCGUGUGCGCGUUGUUCCCGCGCGCAAUCAUCUGCCUCCGACGUCACUAGCAUCUCUCCAUCAACGUCGCCCUCAUCUCCCGCGACUGAUGCGCGGAACGGCGCUCGAAAAGCGGCCCCCGACAAACCCCCAACCUCCACCCCGCCCUACGGGGACCUCAUCGUCGUCCCAGGCGACCGCAACGCGAUCUGCUUCGCCGAGGGGGUCGGCGACCCGCUCCCGGACAGGCUGGAGGUCCUCCCCGGCGACCCGCAGGCGAUGUGCUUCGCGGACGAGUCCGUGCGCGACCCGCUACCAGAGAUGUUCGAGAUGAUCCGCGGCGACCCGCGCGCGACGUGCAUAGUGGACGACCGAGGGUGUGACCCCAUCCCCAACCGCGCCGCACUCGAGGUCAUCACCGGCGACCCUGCCCUCGUCUGCUAUGCGGACGCGGACUCGAGCGGCGCGUGCGUGUGCACCGGCGCCGCCACUUGUGCCCCGCGCUAUCGCCCCGCGUAUGAGCUGCGCGAUGGGAACCUUGAGCGCGCAGGUCGCGCAGCAGGCACCGUUGCUGCUGUGCAGGUGCUGUCGUGA